AUGACAUUGGAUUGCCGGAAUGAGGGCUUACUAAAUCAGUAUGGACAACACGUUGCACUGGAUUCUGAGAGGAUUCCCAGAAAUAAUGCUGUAGGUCAGUUUGCUGAGGCAUUGGCUAAAGCUUGGGCAGAAUAUAACAACCCGAGGGCAGUAGUUAUGGUUGUGGUUCAAGCUGAAGAAAGGAACAUGUAUGAUCAACAUUUGCUUUGUACCAUACUGAAAGAAAGAUAUCCUUUUCGUCGUUUAUAA